GAGGAGCGGGGCUGUGCUCAUCUCCCCAGUGUCGACCUGUGUGGGGAUCCCUUUGUCCCUCCUCCCCUUCCCGGGACGAAUCAGCCUGACCCCCGCUGGCUGCUUCGGUUGGCACGAAGGUGCUGCUGCCGUCGGUUUCAUGGAGAGGUUUAGACUGGCAGGCGGCGUCCAGAGGGUCUCCGAAGAGGGACGGGUGCUAUAAGCAGAUAGAUAACUGUCCAUAGCAGCUACCUGGAUCUUUGAAAGUUAUAUUGUCCUAACCCUACAGAACAUAAUAUUAUUGUGUUAAUGCUGAUCAGCAAAGAAAUUGGAAUACAAUUUGCAAGAUGCCAACUGUUGAAAAUCUGAGUGGUGAGCAAAACUUCAGUGCACAUUGGAUGUUCAAUACUUCCCGUGCUGGAGUCUUACUGGGUCCUAGUUUUACUGGUUUGAACUUCAAGAAAGAAAAUUUGUUACCUGGACCUGGAAACAUCACAGCUGUACCUGAAGAAGGGCUGCAUCUUUCAGACAGCUGUUCUGUAAGUGAUGACUCCCUGUGUGAAGAGUCUGGCAGCUCUCAGACACUUCAGCAGUGUACCACUGGAACACCUUUCCCAGCAGCAACUGGAAACUUAGAGAGCUCUAAACCAGACUUAGUCCAUGGUGAAAUGGACGGUCAGAAGAAAUCCAGUCACAGUGAUCCACUCUUACAAAAGCUUGAACAGCUGAAGGAAUUGCAACAGCAGAAACAGGAACAGUUAAAGAAACAACAGAUGGAACAACUUCAAAGGUUAAUGGAAGAGCAACAGAAGCUACUUAGCAUGGUAUCUGGCCAGCCAGCAGCUCUUGGUUAUACUGUAAUGGCUGAAAGUCAAAAGCUGAGAUCUGGGCAUUCCACGGGCUUAGCACCUUCACCUCAAUUGCCAUCGUCUGGAUAUCAGAAUGUCUUUGAAGACAGAGCUCAUGCUCUGGCUGUUCCUUCCCAUGCACAAGGCAACGAUUCUUUACAAAAGCUGAACAACAGAGAAUGCACCUCAUCUUUGAAGAACCAUCUUUCAGAAGUGUCUGCCUGUGAAAAGCAAGGAAAAAACAUGUGGUGUCCAGAAAAAAAGGUGGAAUUAAUAAUGGAGAGUGACGAUAAUCACAUCGAUCCUUUAGGUGCAGGAAGCACAGAUGUCUCUGAAAAUUCCAGUGGAGGUGAACGGUUGUUGACUAACACAGAGGAAAGACCUAUUAAAGCUGCAAUGCAUGAGAAGAGACAAACUUUUGAAGAAUUCUUGGAAGAACAGAUACAACUAGAAGAACAGCGUCUGGAGCAAAACCAGAAAUUACAGGAGACGAAUGGAUCAGCUGUCCAAAAACCAGUGAUCAAGAGACCAUUCCUGAAAAGAGGAGAAGGUUUAACAAGAUUCACUAAUGCCAAGUCUAAAAUGACAAAACUUGGAGAAAACACCUCAAAAUUUCAACAGAGGGCUUCAGAUGAUAAAAAUGUUAUUAAAGUGGACAGAUCACAAAUACAGAAGAAAACUGUGCCUCCUGGCAAAGAACUGGUUUCUGAAAAUCCUUUUGCACCAUGUAAAAAAUACAACCACCCCACUAAAGUAAAACGUCCUAUUCAGAAGACAGUGGUACUUAGGAAUCACAAUGGAGAAAAUAUCUUGCCAUUAGAAACAAGAAUGCAAUCGGGAAAAAAUCAUGAUGGACAGAUGAGAGAUUCUUACCCAUCAGAAAUGAACAACAAAAUAGAAAAUAAAGAAAACAGAAUAGAAUUUGCUAAGUCUAACACUGGCAAAAUCAAAACCAAAUUACCUGGUGCAGAAAAGUCUCAGUUGUCUCAAGAACUGACCAGUGCCUUUUCUAAUUCUACAUGUCCCAUAGGUCACCCUGAAAAAGAUUCAGAGCUGUCUUUUGAACUUUCAUUCCGGAAUAAACUGGAGAACUGGGAAAAAGAAAAAGAAAAGGAGAACCUAGAAUUAGAUGAAUUUAUCUUUCUUGAACAAGCUGCAGAUGAAAUAUCUUUCUCAAGUAAUUCCUCAUUUGUGCAAAGGAUCUUGGAACGAGACCAGCAAACUUUAAAAGGCCGUAGGAUGUCUUCUACUCCUAUCAAGGCAAAGCAGCAGGAAGUCAAGGCGCUGGCCCUCGAACUUACAAAUGAGAGAAAUAAAAGGGCAGACUAUGUGGCACAGAAAAGUAUAAAUGAUAGCCCAGUUAUGCAUACAGCCUCAAAUUCAGGAACAGAUUUUAGAAUGAAGGAUCCAUUGAGUAAAACAGGUAGUGUAACAUUCUCAACUUCUUCCAUGAAAGCAGCUCCUGCUUUAAAAAGUAAUCACUGGAUUGUAAAUGAAGAUAGGAGUGAGGGUAAUAGUGAUACUACUACAGAUUCUGAGAGUGAAUUUGGGGACACAUUGAAGCAUGAUGACAAAGAUGCUAAGACAGCUCUUGUGACCCAUAGAGAAAGUGAUCCAGAAUUUUUUGAUUGUGGAAGUUCUGUUACAGACAGCAAAGAGAGCAAAAAUGGGGAUGCUGACCUUGGUUUGUCAGACAAAGAUUGUGGUGCACUGUCAAAGCAAAAGAUCAGAAAAGCUACAGAGGAUCACAGAAGCAUGUCGUGUAUAAGUAGGAAUAAGUUUGAGUUUGAUGAUGAAAGAACAUGGAGUGAUCUUGAUGAAAAUUAUGUUAGCAUUGAUUUACCUGAAAAAUAUACUAAAACACCUUUGCAGAUGGACUUUUCCUUUAAGAAUGAUACAACUGUCCCAGAUAAAGCAGUAAAGAGAAAAGUUGCCUCAAAGAAAGGAGAUGAAAUGUCCAAAGAGUCUGCAGUGGACAGUGAUUCAAAUGGACCUCCUGUAUCAAACCUGAUGAUGAAACUGUUUCCUUCACUGAAGCCAAAGCAGAAGGCACGCUGCCAUCCAGAGCGUGAAACCAAACCAAAUGUGGAACUGGAGCUGGGAGGAAGCACUGUUCCAUCCCAGCUGCUGAGAGAGAGACUCGCUGAGCUGGAAAAUGAAAUUGAGAGAUUUCGAGCUGAAAACACAACUCUGACUAAACUCCGUGAAGAGAGAGAGCACGCCCUGGCAAGUAUCAGGAAAGAAAUUGCAGACUUUGAACAGAAAAAAGCCCAAGAACUGGCUGAAAUAGAAGAAUAUAAAAGAAAGGAAAUUAAAAAACUGCAAAAGGAACGUAAAGUUUUUGAAAAAUACACCACGGAAGCUAGAGCAAUUCCAGAUAAAAAAGAACGGGAUGAAAUUCAGGCUUUAAAACAGCAGAUUGCAGAGUUACAGGAAGAUCUAAAACGAAAAGAGGCAAAAUGGUCAACCACCCAUCGACGCCUGAAAGAUCAAAUAGAAGCUUUAGUAAAUGAGAAUUUCGAGUUAAAAGAGGAAAUCAAAAUUAUGGAGAAAUUUCGUCUAGAAGCCUGGAAGAAAGUAGAAGCUGCUGGAAGCAGGAAGAAAGUAGAAAGUCCUGGGAUGAGUUUAAAUAGAGCAGAAUCUUGUCUACCAAAUAGAGGACCAAAAAGUCGAACAGCAUCUCCGCUUCUUCCAGUACAGAAGUGCAGCAAGAUAAAUGGCAAAAGUUAUUCACAGGCAAAAGUAGGAAAACUUUCUAGAACACCUGCAUCAGGACCUGCUAAUGACAGAAACAACUCUGAGGCAAUGACAGCACUAGAAGAUUCUUCUCAGACUUUUAUGGUAGACACCUCUCCUAAUGAACCGUACAUGUCACCACCAUCUGCUCCUGCAUUUACAGGCAGUGAAGAGAUUCAGAGGGAAACUGCUUAUCCUGAUGGAAAGGUUGAGAAGGUUUUGAAAAAUGGCUGUCACCUUGUAUUUUUCCCAAAUGGAACAUGGAAAAAAGUGGGUUCUGAUGGGAAGACUGUAACUAUAACCUUCUUCAAUGGGGAUGUGAAGCAGAUUAUGCCUGAUCAAACAGUGAUUUAUUACUAUGCUGAUGCUAAGACUACUCACACCACAUACUCUGAUGGCUUGGAGGUCUUGCAGUUUUCAAAUGGACAAAUAGAGAAGCAUUAUCCUGAUGGCAAGAAGGAAAUAACCUUCCCUGAUCAAACAAUUAAGAAUUUAUUUACAGAUGGCCAAGAAGAAAGUAUCUUUCCCGAUGGCACCAUUGUUCGUGUGCAGCGAGAUGGAAGCAAAACUAUAGAGUUCAAUAAUGGCCAGCGGGAACUGCACACAUCACAGUUUAAGAGACGGGAGUAUCCAGAUGGGACUGUCAAGACUGUGUACAUGAAUGGACAGCAGGAAACCAAGUACGUCUCUGGGAGAGUCAGAAUAAAGGACAAGGAUGGUAAUAUUAUCAUGGACACUAAAUUGUAGAGACCAUGUCAAAACUGCUGAAGUGUUAGCACAUCAGCAAAAAUAAUGUACAUUCUGUAAACAAGUGAAAAUGCUUAAA